CAGCUAGAUAAUGGAGCAGACAAGCACAAGCUCAAACAAGUCUGACAGUUGAUCUUCUAGUCGCACUUUGUGUCAGUGGAAUUUUUUAAAUAUUCAAAAUAAAUUUAUUGCAAUAAUUUACAACAACAAUUAUUUUAAAAGUAUAUUUAUUUUUAAUAAAAAAAAAUGGAUGUGAACGUCAGUGAAGUGACAACUUGUCGAGUCACCAAUUUCAUUGAUAACAAACUUAUUAUUUUGUGUGCCAAGUGGACUGAAGAUAAUCUUGACUUGAAUGUUAUAAGAAACGAUGAUUUCCCGCUCGCAGGACAGAUUUCAAAGGCAAAACUUGCGGAACCUGCAGAGACAUAUCAAAAAACAGCAGAAGAAUAUUUACAGGAAAUAAAACAUGAACUUGCUGGCAAGGAUAAUGAAGUAAAGUUUUCAUUAAAAAAUGAUGUACUGACUUGGAAAAAGAGAGUGUGGAACAGAGGGUUGAUAAAAUGUGAGCCAUUUAAUGAUAUAAUAUUAUUUUCACGUCUCGUACACAGUAUUUUAGUGAGCAAAUCUACUGUAGAAGAGAGUGAAGUAAAAUAUAAAGAAGAAAAUGAAAAUUUGAAACGAAAAAUCAGUGACAUGGACGCGGCGAUGAUCAAAAUGACGUGUUUGAAAAACACGAUGGAGAGCGCGCUGUGUAGAAAAUUUUUAUUUAUUUUAAAAAGUAAAAAAGACUUGAUAAGAAAUUUGAAAGAUGAAAUAAAAGAAUUAUCUAAAGCCGACUCUGCGUAUGAUAAAUCUACUGAUGUUAGUGACAAUGAAAGUGAGGAUGAGGAUAAAAUGGAAUCGAUUUAUCCGAGUAAAAGAAUGAGGAGAGACAAUUCUAGUCAGAAAAUGUUGGAAAAGGUUUCAGUGGAAAUGGAAACAGGAAGCGAUGAAUCAAAAGAAGACACGAUGUUUAAUGAAAUUGCUAAAAAAAUAGAGCGGGAAAAUUCAAUUUUUCAAUUUGAUGAAAACGAAUAUAAAGAUGCGACUAAUGGCAAUGAUAGUGAUGAUUCAGAUAUUAAUUUGAAAUACGAGGACUCACAGACGGUGGUUGAACCAAAGAAUGAUACGCAACAAGAUUUAUUUUCCUCGCAAUAAUUUACCAAAUUUAUAAAUUUUUAUUUUAGUGUGCAAUCUUAGAGCACUUUUUUAAGUGACAGUCUUUUAAAAUUAUAAAUAAAUUAUGUUUAUCAUUAGAAUAUUUUAAUUACACAAAAGUUUAUAAUCAAAUUAGUUAUAUAAGCCAUGAUAUUUUUUAAUUAAUUGACAA